AUGUGCUCGCGCCAGGACAAAGACCAGUGCCACCGGCAAGAACGAUCCUCAUGCCACAGCAGUGAAGGGUGCCAUGGGAGCAGUGGUGGAUCUGGAUGCCACGGGAGCAGAGGAUCUGGGUGCCACGGGAGCAGCGGUGGAUCUGGAUGCCACGGGAGCGGAGGAUCUGGGUGCCACAGGAGCAGCAGUGGAUCUGGAUGCCAUGGGAGCAGUGGGGGAUCCUGCCAUGGAAAGCCACAGGAUUGCCAGCAGCAAAUUUAUCAAGUAUCUUCAAAGAUGAAGUGA